AUGGUUCGGUAUUGGCUUCAUAGGCGUCCCGAGGUUUUAAGACUAGUUGCACCUCAUAUUCAAAAACUUUUCCCAUUCCACAAACCUGAAGUGGAGGGAGUUUCUCCUGUCAAGGCAUCGUAUAGUGGAAAAGUCGUUAAAGCACCUUUUGACUUAGCUGUGGCAAAAGUUGUACCAUUCGGGCAAGAACUAACAGCAUCCAGAAAGGAUAUUAUAAAGGUCAAAAUUCACAAGCUCUGCUUGAAUAAGUUUUUGCUUAAGUAUUUUUAUCAAACACAAACAUACUGGGUCCACAAGCAAGACAUGGCUGUGAAUAUAGGAGACAUCGUGUUGGUAGAGAAGUGUGAUCCUCCAAUUGCAUUUAACACUGUUUAUAAGAUGAAGAAAGUUAUAUUCCCCGUCGGCGAAAUCAUCGACCCUAUCAGUGGUAUGAAAUGUGAGGGUCCUUAUUACCCACUGGAUGUUAUGCAAAAGUGGCUUGGUGAAAAUUCUCAAAAAUCUUAG